AUGAAUCGUAAGAAUUAUUUACCACCAAUAUGGUACGACGAUAUGCAAAUGGCCGGUUUAAUGUCAAUGAUUAAGGCGCGAGAAGUUAACCCAUAUGACUACGAUCGGAAGGUGAAAUUUUGGAGUGAGACAAUAUCGAAAUCGUGCCAUGCAGAACAUGAUCCUCUAGUCACGAUCGAUAUGCUGAAGAAACGAUUUCGUAGAGGUGAUCAACUGCCUGCCUCGUUGGAUAUCGUCGUUGACAAUAUGCAUCGGUUUGUUGAAUGGAUUUGCUGUUCGGUUAUUUAA